AUGCAGGUAGAGACAUGGAACCGUGAAAAAGCGGAGCACUUGGAUAAAAUCGCUGAUUCCCUGCUGCUGAAGCGGAUAGAGGCGGGUUCAAUCAGAGAAGAACCUGUCCUGCUUUGGUUCCCUCCCACACUGUGCCAAAAAGUUUUCACUGUUUCCUCCACAGUGUCUCCUCUAAGGGUCGUGCUGCUGGGGAAAACUGGUUCUGGAAAGAGUGCCUCAGGAAACACCAUCCUGGGGAGGGAAGCUUUUAAAGAGGAGUUAUCUCAAUCUGUGACUAAAACCUGCAGUAAUCAACAUACUCUAGUGAACGGUAGACACAUUACAGUGAUUGAUACACCAGGAUUUCAUUUUGGUACAGAAAGGCCUACAGAAGAAUUGAACGGUGAGAUGGAGAAGUGUGUUGAGAUGUCUCUCCCUGGGCCUCAUGCCUUCCUGCUGGUUAUCAGAUUAGAUGUGAGGUUCACAGAGGAGGAGAGGAAUGCUGUUCAGUGGAUCCAGGAGAACUUUGGUGAGGGGGCGCUGAAGUACACUAUAGUGCUCCUCACUCAUGGGGAUGUGUUGAAGGGGAAACCAGUGGAAGCUUUUCUGGUCAAAAGUCCUGUCCUUUUAUCUCUUACUGAACAUUUUGGGGGUAGAUUUCACGUCUUCAAAAAUAAGAGUAAAAACAGCACUCAGGUCAGAGAGCUAAAGGAGAAAAUUGAGGCCAUGGUGGAGGAGAAUGGGGGAGCAUACUACACCAAUGAGAUGUCCAAGGAGGCACAGAGAAAAUUAGAGAGGAAGAAGACAAAGACUGUGUGGGCUUUUGCUGGAGAGCUGGAUUCUGGAACUGCUGGACAAGAUGGAUGCUACGAUGGAGAAGAGUAG